AGCCGAAGGCGCUCUGCCGCGACGCACAGUAGUUCUCCACCUACCAGCGCCGCUGCGAGGACGACACCGGCCGACCCACAAGAUCCACAGUUGUCGAAGCUACAAUCCAGACUGAACCUGCAGUGAGGAAACUGGAUCUUUGCUAUUCGACUUGUACUUCCAACGGCACCUACUGAAAGAAACAGAUGAAACCAGACAUGUGAAGAGUUUCCACUCAUCCGCCAUUGUGGUUCAAAUUCUGCUGACGAAAGCCUCCAAAGAUGCCACCAGAAAUGGAACCUUCCGUGCUUAACGGGUCGUCGACGCCGAAUUAUGCUGAGAAGCGGGAACAGCAGAACGGUGGACCGCGGCCGAAGGAAGACCUCAGGAAGAGGAUCCGAGCAGCCUUGCCUCAGGUGCUGGCGACGUCGGCGAAGAACGUGCUGCUGCUGGGCUACGGCAUGACGCUGGGCUUCCCCACGAUCGUCAUCCCGGCGGUCAGCAGGCGGCCGCUGGUAGCCGGCGACGCGGGCAACGCGACGCUGGGGGCGGCGGAGGAGCCCGGCCACCUCACGCUCACCGACGCCGAGCUUUCCUGGUUCAGCAGCAUCAACCUGAUCUGCGUGCCGCUGGGCUGCCUGCUGUCGGGUCCGCUGUCGACGCCGAUCGGGCGCCGGCCGGCCAUGAUGCUGGUCAACCUGCCGCUGGCCGCCGCCUGGCUGCUCUUCCACUUUGCGCAGUCGGUCGGCAUGCUGUACGCCGGGCUCGCGCUCGCGGGGGCGUCCGGGGGUCUGCUCGAGGCGCCGGUGCUGACGUACGUGGCGGAGAUCACGGAGCCGCGCUUCCGCGGCGCGCUGUCGGCCACCAGCUCGACGUCGGUGAUCGUGGGCGUGUUCACGCAGUUCCUGCUGGGCAACCUGCUGCCCUGGCGCACAGUGGCCCUCGUCAACCUCGUCUGCCCCGUCGCCGCUGUCAUCGCGCUCUGCUUCGUGCCAGAGAGUCCACACUGGCUCGUCGGGAAGGGUCGGCUGGCCGCCGCCGAGAAGGCACUGUGCUGGCUGCGAGGCUGGGUGCAGCCGGAAGACAUCCGGCAGGAGCUGAACGAGCUAGUGGUCACCAUCGGAGGGGCGGGCUCCGCCGACAAGGCUGGCGCGUCCGGGGCGACGCAGCAACAGCGCCAGCAGCCAGCGUGGCGCAACUACCUCAAGAGGACCUUCGUCAGGCCGUACCUGCUGGUGAGCGCGUCGUUCGCGAUCGGCCACUUCUGCGGCAUGACGACGGUGCAGACGUACGCGGUGGUGGUGUUCUCGCAGCUGGGCGCGCCGGCCGGCCGCUACACGGCGACGCUGCUGCUGGGCGUGGCGCAGCUGCUGGGAGCCCUCACCGGCGUCUGCAGCGUCCACCGCUUCGGCAAGCGGCCGCUCGCGCUCCUCUCCGCCGCCGGCAACGGCGCCUGCUUCGUCGUCGUCGCCAUCCUCGCCGCCCACAGUGGCCCCGCGAGCGAAGACUCCAACACGUGGACGCCGUCGCUGAUCCUGGUGGCGGCGUCCUUCAUGUCUCACGUCGGGCUGCGCAUGCUGCCCUGGAUCCUCAUCGGGGAGGUGUACCCUGCAGAGGUGCGGGGCACCGCCAGCGGGGCUUCCGGCUCCAUGGGCUACAUCCUGGGCUUCGCGGCGAACAAGUCGUUCCUGUCGCUGGUGCACACGGUGUCGCUGGCGGGCACCCUGAUGCUGUACGGCUGCGUCAGCCUGCUGGGCUGCGUGCUGCUGUUCUUCGUGCUGCCCGAGACGGAGGGCCACUCGCUGCACGAGAUCGAGGCGCACUUCGCGCGCUCCGACGGCCGCUGCUGCCAGCCCGGCGGCGGGCUCACGAGGCGCGGCCGCCACCGCAAGCAGCGCGCCGGCCAGACCGACCCGCGCUGGGCCGCCGCCAACCCCGCUCUCGAGCUCGACGAGACGCACAUCUAGCGGCGCUGCGGACAGCCGGCCGAGCUGCGGGGCGCCGCCGGCGCGCGGGAGACAGCUCUGGCACUUCCCUCCCCACUACAUUCCAGACGGAGACGAGUUCUACCUUGUGACUUGAAACUGUUGCGGGGGCACCCCUCGACUGUAGCGUACAGACGCGAACUGCUGUUGAGAGCCCAGUUGUGACUUGGGCAUUGGUAGUGAGAACUGCUUGCUCCAAGGAACAAGUGAUUUUGAAUCUCAGCCUCUACUAUUCAAAGUCGUGCGCUCGUACUCAUCUGAUUUCAAGAACGUUUUAAAACGUAACAAGGUGUUCUGUCAUGUCCACUGUCAGAUCUUUAUUCAUUAGUCGCGAAUAAUUAUCACAAAAUUUAGCAGUGACUUGUGUUGUAGUUUCUUUUCUAAUGACAUCACUAGCGCUGGUUGGUACAAGACGCAGGUGGUAUCAUUUGCACUGCCUGUUAUAACUACAUCUUGUUUACGCUCCUGUUGGAAACACAGAAAUAAGACAAUUGAAAGAAAAACAGCCCUCGGUAACUAUAUUUAAACGAAUUAACCGGGUUUCAACACUGACGCUGACGCUAUACAUACGGGCUUAGUCCUUGGCCCGAGGUCUGGAGUCUAAGCUGUGGGUAGCUGUUCCUCCAAGACCCUUACGGGUUGGAAUAGUGUUGCCUCUCGUUGUGGAUGGUCCUUGUGUGUUAUUGGUGAUAAAUCCUGGUUGGCAGCAUGCAAGCAUGCUGGCGAUGACGUUGGCUGCUGAUGUUGUCCUAGUUCUUCUUCCCCUCGCGCGCGAUGUUGUUCAGUGCAGACUCCAGCUCGGGUGAGAGCUUCCUCUCUCCAUCUCGGACUUCUUUCUUCAGCCGCGCGACCGCAUCCUCCAAGAUGAAGCCCAAAUCGCGUGGCGUGAAGACUGGGUUCGAGUUGAUGGUGUGGAGGUCCUUCUUCGUGACGAAUUCGAGCAUAAUUGCCCGACAUCCGCCACGAAGCUCGAACGGCCGGUGUGGAAGUGGUGGCUUCCGUUUCCCUUCCGCUUGCGCGAAAAGGUAGGGUUUUCUUUGGACGUCGUACCGCCCAUCUCGCACCAUGGUUGCGAUCUUCUUGAGUAUCGCUGGCAGGAUCAUGACAUCCGUGAGCGGUAUGACUUCAGAGUACAUACCUCCUCCCUCUUGAUCUUGUUUGUCCUGCUGCGUCUUCUUCUCCACAUCCGGCGGUGGCGGCGGCGGCGGUACAGGCUGCGGUUUCAACACUGCUAGGAGUGUCCUCUUCAGAAUUUAAAUCAAAGAAUGGUCUAUAUUCUAUAACAUGGUCGCAGAAUUAUGACUAAAAACGU